AUGCCAUACGCGCUACAAAACCGCAAUGUCCUCGUCUCUGCGGGCUCUAGAGGAUUAGGAGCGGUCGUCGCCCAGAAGUUUGCUGCCGAAGGCUGCAACGUCGCAAUCAAUUACUUCUCUAGCAGGGAUGCUGCGGAAAAAGUCGCAUCAGAUAUUCGAGCGCAGUAUAAUGUCAAGAUCAUAUUGAUUCAGGGUGAUGCGAGUAUUCAGAGUGAAUGUCAGAGCAUGGUGCAGACUACGAUCGAGCAACUUGGAGGUCUGGAUAUUCUGGUUUCGAAUGCUGGCUGGACCAAAGUUACGACGUUCAACGACUUGGAUGCCAUGAAUGAGGAAGACUGGGAUAAGUGCUGGUCUGCCAAUGUGAAAGGUCAUCUAUGGCUCUUCAAGGCGGCACUUCCUACGUUCAGAGCCAAUCCGGACGGUGGUGUCUUCCUACUCACCUCAUCAGCAGCGGCCGUUUCUGCGUCAGGAAGUAGUCUGCCAUAUUCUGUCACGAAAGCGGCAGGCUUGCAUUUGGUCAAGUGCCUCGCACAGACUCAAGGAAACAAAGUCCGCGUCAAUGCGGUUCUUCCAGGCCUGCUCCUGACUGAAUGGGGACUGCGGUUCCCCAAGGAGAAAAUUGAGGCUUAUAAAGCUAGAACUCCUCUUAACACCCUGCCUGAAGUGGAGGACACCGCCGAUGCAUAUAUCAACAUAGCAAAGAACUCAUCAAUGACAGGACAAGCAGUUCAGAUAGAUUCUGGGUUUGUGGUGAACUACUAAGCUGAGCUGUGUGGCGCAAAGAUAGAAGUGAGGUGCCCUUUAGGAUUGAAGAUUUGAGAUAAUGCAUGGUGUUGGUUUUACAUAGUAUACAUUGUAUUUCUUCUUCGUCCUUCAGUUGAAAGGAUUGUGGAAUGGAGUGAAUGAAGCACCAUGCGAUGAGAAAGUGCGGCUGCCAAUCAUCCGAGCUUUGAGGGCAGCACGGAACGCAUCCGUAUUGGGCCGCCCUUCCACCUUCAUCAUAUGGAUUCUGACCAG